CAUGGCGCUGCGCGCCCGGGCGCUCUACGACUUCAGGUCGGAGAACCCGGGCGAGAUCUCGCUGCGGGAGCACGAGGUGCUGAGCCUGUGCAGCGAACAGGACAUCGAGGGCUGGCUCGAGGGGAUCAACAGCCGCGGAGACCGCGGCCUCUUCCCGGCCUCUUACGUGCAGGUGAUCCGCGCCCCCGAGCCCAGCCCGGCGGGCGACGGCGGCCCGGGCGCCCCGGCCCGCUACGCCAACGUGCCACCCGGCGGCUUCGAGCCCCUGCCUGCCGCGCCGCCCACCUCCUUCAAGCCGCCACCCGACGCCUUCCAGCCGCUGCUGCAACCGCAACAGGCGCCGCCGGCGAGCACCUUCCAGCCGCCGGGCGCGGGCUUCUCGUACGGCGGGAGCGCCCUGCAGCCGUCGCCGCAGCAGCUCUACGGCGGCGGCGGCUACCAGGCCAGCCAGGGUAGCGACGAUGACUGGGACGAUGAGUGGGACGACAGCUCCACCGUGGCUGACGAGCCGGGCGCACUGGGGAGCGGCGCUUACCCAGACCUCGACGGCUCGUCGUCUGGGGGCGUCGGCGCUGCUGGCCGCUACCGCCUGUCCACGCGCUCCGACUUGUCGCUGGGCUCCCGCGGCGGCUCUGCGCCCCCGCAGCACCACCCGUCGGGGGCCAAGAGCUCGGCCACCGUGAGCCGUAACCUCAACCGCUUCUCCACCUUCGUCAAGUCGGGCGGGGAGGCCUUCGUGCUGGGUGAGGCGUCGGGCUUCGUGAAGGAUGGGGACAAGCUGUGCGUGGUGCUGGGCCCCUAUGGCCCCGAGUGGCAGGAGAACCCCUAUCCCUUCCAGUGCACCAUCGACGACCCCACCAAGCAGACCAAGUUCAAGGGCAUGAAGAGCUACAUCUCGUACAAGCUGGUGCCUACGCACACGCAGGUACCGGUGCACCGGCGCUACAAGCACUUCGACUGGCUGUACGCGCGCCUGGCCGAGAAGUUCCCUGUCAUCUCGGUGCCCCACCUGCCCGAGAAGCAGGCCACCGGCCGCUUCGAGGAGGACUUCAUCUCCAAGCGCAGAAAGGGCCUCAUCUGGUGGAUGAACCACAUGGCCAGCCACCCGGUGCUGGCACAGUGCGACGUCUUCCAGCACUUCCUGACCUGCCCCAGCAGCACCGACGAGAAGGCCUGGAAGCAGGGCAAGAGGAAGGCCGAGAAGGAUGAGAUGGUGGGCGCCAACUUCUUCCUGACCCUGAGCACGCCCCCCGCCGCCGCCCUCGACCUGCAGGAGGUGGAGAGCAAGAUCGAAGGCUUCAAGAGCUUCACCAAGAAGAUGGACGACAGCGCGCUGCAGCUCAACCACACAGCCAACGAGUUCGCGCGCAAGCAGGUGACCGGCUUCAAGAAGGAGUACCAGAGGGUGGGGCAGUCCUUCCGCGGCCUCAGCCAGGCCUUUGAGCUGGACCAGCAGGCCUUCUCGGCCGGCCUGAACCAGGCCAUCGCCUUCACCGGAGAUGCCUACGACGCCAUCGGCGAGCUCUUCGCCGAGCAGCCCAGGCAAGACCUGGACCCGGUAAUGGACCUGUUGGCGUUGUAUCAGGGCCACCUGGCCAACUUCCCUGACAUCAUCCACGUCCAGAAAGGAGCUCUUACCAAAGUAAAGGAGAGUAGGCGACACGUGGAAGAAGGGAAGAUGGAAGUCCAGAAGGCUGAUGGCAUUCAGGAUCGCUGUAACACUAUUUCUUUUGCUACUUUGGCUGAAAUUCACCACUUCCAUCAAAUUCGAGUAAGAGACUUUAAAUCACAAAUGCAGCAUUUCUUACAACAACAAAUAAUAUUUUUCCAAAAAGUGACGCAGAAGUUGGAAGAGGCUCUUCACAAAUAUGAUAGUGUUUAAUGACUGGACGUUGGAUUGUGGACUUUUUUUUUCAGUUCAAGGAUAAUUUCUACAGCAGAAUACAAACUGCUAUCAAAGAACUAUUGCCAACUAUCAGCAGUGGCACAAGGAUGGUUUUGUGUUCAACUGAAACUGGGCUGAAUAUAUAAUUAUGUAGGAAAGAAGCAGUUAAUAUGUUUAUAUAACAGAAACAGUACCACACAUUGUAACUAAAUUAUACUCUGUAUGCCUACACUACCAUUGUAACUUUUGGAAUAAUGAGUAUACUAUUUGCCUUAUUGCUUUUUGAAGUAUGGGUAUUUUAGUGCAUACUUUGUAGACCUCAAAACCCAUGAAGGGUCUCAAAGAAGCUGGCUGGUUAAAAGCCUGCUGUGGAUGCCUUUUUACUCUCAUAGAUUGGGAUUACCUAAAUUCAGCCUAUUCUCUGUUUACAAACUCCAACUAGAGCAGCUAUGCGACUUUGUGCCUUUAGACUCUUGGUUUUUCAUUUCUCCACCCCCUACCCCCUUUUUAAAGCAACCACAACUUUUCUGAUGGAAAGAGUGAAAGGCCAGUGCACAUAAUGACAAACUGCUGGGCACCUCCUGUUGGCACUGGGGGCAGGGUGGGAGGAUCAGCUGUCACCAGUUUGCCCAGCGAGUUUUGUCCCCUGAUAGAUGCUGGCGAGCACAGAGGAGGGAGCCUCAAGUUCACCUUCAGAUAGGGUGUCUGUUAGGGAAGAAAAUGGUGCCACUCUGCUCCCUUAGAUGCUGCAGUAGCCUAGUCUCUUCACUCAAGUGUCCUGGAAACUUGACGUGGAGAUUUAAUCAAACAUGUCUUACAACCCGGAAAAGGGGUCUAAUCUGUUGGGGACAUGAGCAC